CAUCGUAAUGUUGUAAAACAGAUGUUCAAAUUUACUACAUUCAAAUGACUUUUCUUCCUAAUGUGAAAAGACCAGAUAUUGAGAGAUGAUCUCCUGUUUCCCUCCAUUUCCUUCAAUAACCUUAAAAUGCGCAGUGGAUUUUUAUUUUAUUUUGACAGGAGCUAUUAAGUUCACAUUAUAAUCAGAAAUACAGGUUAGACGUUAAUAUGGAAAAUUACUAUUUUUACCUUGUUUUUUAAUGGAAUAUCUACAUUAAAGGCUGACACGGGAGUGGAUUUUGACUCCCACUCCCAGAGAGAUUGAUCACAUUUCCCCACAAUCCUGAGUGUUUUAAAAAAUCCCGCUCUUCCUACUCCUACAGGGAUUGAUCCCUAGCCAAAACUUUACAGCAUCCUGCUUCCCCCCCCCCCCCACACAAUUUUUUUUUAUUACUUUCUAUUAAUAUCUUGAAUGUGGUGUCCACUCCCUGUGACUUUCGCUCUCGUACCGGCCCAGUCCUGUGACUACUAGUGAAAUUUACUCCUAUCCCACGGGACACGGUGGGAAUACCGGAAAAAUGUUAGCUUCUGAUCUACAGUGGGUACGGAAAGUAUUCAGACCCCCUUAAAUUUUUCACUCUGUUAUAUUGCAGCUAUUUGCUAAAAUCAUUUCUUUUUUUCCCCUCAAUGUACACACAGCACCCUAUAUUGACAGAAAAAAAUGGAAUUGUUGAAAUUUUUCCAGAUUAAAAAAAGCAAAACUGAAAUAUCACACAGCCAUAAGUAUUUAGUAGACGCACCCUUUGAGCUAAUACAGCCCUGCGUCUUUUUGGGAAUGAUGCAACAAGUUUUUCACAUCUGGAUUUGGGGAUCCUUUGCAGAUCCUCUCCAGUUCUGUCAGGUUGGAUGGUGAACGUUGGUGGACAGCCAUUUUCAGAUCUCUUCAGAGAUUCUCAAUUGGGCAGGGCUCUGGCUUGGUCAUUCAAGAACAGUCACGGAGUUGUUCUGAAGCCACUCCUUUGUUAUUUUAGCUGUGUGCUUGGGGGUCAUUGUCUUGUUGGAAGGUGAAGCUCUGGCCCAGUCUGAGGUCCUGAGCACUCUGGAGAAGUUUUUCGUCCAGGAUAUCCCCGCAUUCAUCUGUCCUUCAAUUGCAACCAGUCAUCCUGUCCCUGCAGCUGAAAAGCACUCCCACAGCAUGAUGCUGCCACCACCAUGCUUCACUGUUGGGACUGUAUUGGACAGGUGAUGAGCAGUCCCUGGUUUUCUCCACACAUGCCGCUUAGAAUUAAGGCCCAAAAGUUCAAUAUUGGUCUCAUAUGACCAGAGAAUCUUAUUUCUCACCAUCUUGGAGUCCUUCAGGUGUUUUUUUUUUUAGCAAACUCCAUGCGGGCUUUCAUGUGUCUUGCACUGAGGAGAGGCUUCCGUCGGGCCACCCUGCCAUAAAGCCCCGACUGGUGGAGGGCUGCAGUGAUGGUUGACUUUCUCCCAUUUCCCGACUGCAUCUCUGGAGCUCAGCCACAGUGAUCUUUGGGUUCUUCUUUACCUCUCACACCAAGACUCUUCUCCGCCAAUUGCUCAGUUUGGCUGGACGGCCAGCUCUAGGAAGGGUUCCGGUCGUCCCAAACGUCUUCCAUUUAUGGAUUAUGAAGGCCACUGUUCUCUUAGGAACCUCAAUUGCAGCAGAAAUAUUUUUGUAACCUUGGCCAGAUCUGUGCCUUGCCACAAUGCUGUCGCUGAGCUCUUCAGGCAGUUACUUUGACCUCAUGCUUCUCAUUUGCUCUGACAUGCACUGUGAGCUGUAAGGUCUCAUAUAGACAGGUGUGUGGCUUUCAUAAUCAAGUCCAAUCAGUAUAAUCAAACACAGCUGGACUCCAAUGAAGGUACAGAACCAUCUCAAGGAUGGACAGCACCCGAGUUAAAUAUGAGUGUCACAGCACAGGGUCUGAAUACUUGUGGCUGUGUGAUGUUUCAGUUUUUAUUUUUCAAUCUGCAAAAAUUUCAACAAUUCAGUUUUUUAUGUCGAUAUGGGUUGGUGUGGGUACAUUGAGGGGGGAAAUGAACUUAAAUGUUUUUAGCAAAUGGCUGUAAUAGAACUGAAACGUUUAAGGGGGUCUGAAUACUUUCUGUACCCACUGUAGGUGUACAGAGGACCUUUUCCAGCAACCAUCACUCCUGUAUUGUAAUGGUUUGUGGUGUUGGAUAAUCAUGUUAAAUGGUUGAUUGAUGAUUGGAAAACUUUGUGUGAAAACGUGCUGACUAGAGAGGCUGUAAAACUGGCCUGCCUUUGAGCUAGUUAAGUUCCGGUUCUCAACAUUUAUGGGUUCAGUUAUACUCUCAAAAUGGCUGGAAAAAUAGUACUUUUAUUAGGAAACCUGAUUAUCCUUGUUCUGAGGAAUGAAGGCUUUUAUUCCACGUGAGCAACUACCAACUAAGUGGAAAUUUCCUUCAACAGUAUGUACCACGGUACUCCCUUCUAAUAAUAGCACAAACGGGCUCUCACCAGACUAGAAAAAGAAUUAGAGGCCCCGCUGCAAAACUAAGCAAGAGCAGAAGUACAUUCGACAGCAGUGUUUCCAAACCUUGAUUCAGCCAAGGCACAUAUUACAUUUAAAAAAAAAAAAAAAAAAAAUGAAAUAAAAAAAGCCACAAAAAGUAUGUGUAUACUAAAAUAAAGACUUUACUCCCAAAUUCCGUUUGAAAUCUGAGGAUGUUAACUCGCUGGCAGUUUCAUUAAAUUGUACCCACAAAACGUCCACAGGGAAGCAGUGACUCUGGAAUGCUCACCUUCUAGGCGAAGUGGCAAAGAAUCUUAAACAAAUUAAAGAUAAGUUAAAAAAACUGAACCAGCAAAAGAAACUCAGCAAAAACUUUAGUCAAUGUGACCACUUGCAUUUAAAUUGGGAUACAAAGUGGAUUUAUGUUAAUCUGGUUCACACAAUUGUAACUUGUUAGAUGGAAACACUGUUAAAGUUAACUGAGCCAACAGAGUUGUUUUAACGUUGAAGGUUACGUCCACAUGCAAUAAACUCCAAUCGGAAUUAAAAUAAACAUUUAAACAUAAAGUUUACAUUUGUUAAUUGUAUUGACUUCUCUGUAGUCUUGUCAGGUCCAACAUGAUUACACCCAUCAGUCGCAAUGUCCCAAAAAGAUGUUCUUGUAGAGUGUUGUCCACUGGGGGACAUUUCCACAAUGUUUCUUCAGCCGGGGUCCCCCACUGCAUCCUCGACUCCUGGUGGCAGCUGCUAAGAAUCCUGCUGAGCUUCAUCCCACACACACACACACACACACACACACACACACACACGAAGGUCAGCACACUGGCCACCACUGAUUUACAAGUGUCAUAAAUAUGAUACCUUGCAUUUUGUUGCUGGUGGUAAACUACAGUUUGAACUAUAUUAAAAUGCAUGUGUGUGCAUGCACUGAUCUUAGAGUACAUUUUAAGUAGCAACGAAGUAAUAAUUGAUAUUUUCCCAACAAUUGGUUUAACGCUCUGUAGUAUCUUUUCACAUGAUGCACUGUUGUACAUUGCAAUAGUGAUUCACUCAUGUUGGACACUUUUGAGCCGAGGUAUGCAUUUCCAAGUCCUCACCUGCACACCUCGACAAUGAGAAAAGAGCAUGAGAGAGCCAGAAAUUCCGUAUGCAAAGAUGUCAGAUUUACUGUUGACUAUGUGACAUGUCACAAUCAUAUUAGGACUUUUAAUUAGCCCAAUGCUAAGGUGGGAAAAUUAAUUUUAGUAUGUUUCACUCCCAUGCUAACUAACUAACCGACUGUAAAUGACUUUUGUUGACACCGUGGUUUUCAUGACUGGCUGGUGGCUAUGGGGUGCUGUUAGUAAAGCUGCUCAAGCCAAAAAAUAGCAACAUUUUGUCGCAUUUAGCUUCAAAACGUGUUUUCGAGAGUCACUUUUCUGCACAUUUAGAACAGUAUUUGUGAACGUAAUAGUUAAAUCCAAAUAUUAAAUGUUACACCUAAAUAUAUAUUCUAAAUGUUAGCUAGAUAUCUAAAUAGGAAUCUUAAAUUGAAAUGUUUGUGUGUGUGCGUGUAUAUAUAUAUAUUAUAUAUAAGGGAUCGAAGGUCACGGGCUUUCAAUGUUGGUUUUCUGUUGCUGCUGCUGUGGUUCUUUUUUUCACCUUGGCAUUUCAGCACACUGAAUAUAUAUAUAUAUCCAUUCAUUCAUUUUCUGAGCCGCUUCUCCUCACUAGGGUUGCGGGCGUGCUGGAGCCUGUCCCAGCUGUCAUCGGGCAGGAGGCGGGGUACACCCUGAACUGGUUGCCAGCCAAUCGCAGGGCACAUACAAACAAACAACCAUUCGCACUCACAUUCACACCUACGGGCAAUUUAGAGUUUUCAAUUAACGUGCAUAUUUUUGGGAUGUGGGAGGAAACCGGAGUGCCCGGAGAAAACCCACGCAGGCACGGGGAGAACAUGCAAACUCCACACAGGCAGGAUUGAACCUGGGUCCUCAGAACUGUGAGACUGACGCUCUAACCAGUCGCCCACCGUGCCGCCAUAUAUAUACAUAAUAUAUAUAUAUAGAACAUUUAUAUAUAAGAUUAUAUAUAUAUAUUGAACAUUUAUAUAAGAUUAUAUUUAGAUAUAUAUUUAGCAUUUACUUUUGAGAUUUAGAUGCAACAUUAAAUAUUUGGAUUUAACUAUAAAGCUGACAAAUAUUGUGCAAAAAAGUGACACAUGAAAAUUCACACCAUUUUUUUUUCAUUUUAUUUUUUUUAAAAUAUAAACACAAGCUAAAUGUGACAAAAUGUUGCUGUUGUUUUCAGUGCGAGCCGCUUUACAAACGACACCCCAUAACCGUCCACUGGUUUUGCUGCAAUUCAAAAUUGGAAUCGCUGGGAGACAACAUUGCAACAUCACAGAUGUAAGAUUCCAAUUCCAAAAUAUACAUGAACUGACACAAAAAAAUGUUUGCGGCCUUUAUACAGUCUACAUGUAUAUUGCAUUUUACAAUAAGUAUGAACUGUAUUUAUAAUUUUAUAUGCACUUGUGACUAGAAAGCAAUGCAUGGAAAGUGUCGCAGAAAUGGGGCGAUCCAGCAUUGCCAACAGCCUCGCAUUUUAUCCACCCUCUUUUUUAUAGGUUGCUUACUCUCUGCUUCCUUAAAGUUGGUCAUGGUAUUGUGGUUCAAUGAAAAAAAUAAUACUGUGUGGAGCCUCAAAACCUAAUACAUGGUCGCAGAUUUUGCGCUCCAGCGAUACAUGUGCGCUGCUCAAUCAAUUAUUGUGCGGGUGUGAGUCGCCAACUGUAUUUUUUUGCAAUGGUCCAUAUCUAUCGUGUUUGCCUGCGUCGCUCGGUUUGCAGGCCUUGGAGAACCCUAUUUUAAAAUCGAUUAACCUUUUUAUUGCCCAUCAAGCAGGCAUGCAGGUUUUUUUUUUAACUCUUCUAUUAUGGCAAUACAUUUUUUUUUUACAUUUUAGUAUGGGGAGGCGGCACGGUGGCCGACUGGUUAGAGCGUCAGCCUCACAGUUCUGAGGUGCGGGGUUCAAUCCCCGUCCCCGCCUGUGUGGAGUUUGCAUGUUCUCCCCGUGCCCGUGUGGGUUUUCUCCGGGCACUCCGGUUUCCUCCCACAUCCCAAAAACAUGCAUGAAUCGGAGACUCUAAAUUGCCCGUAGGUGUGAAUGUGAGUGCGAAUGGUUGUUUGUUUGUAUGUGCCCUGCGAUUGGCUGGCAACCAGUUCAGGGUGUACCCCGCCUCCUGCCCGGUGACAGCUGGGAUAGGCUCCAGCACGCCCGCGACCCUAGUGAGGAGAAGCGGCUCAGAAAAUGGAUGGAUGGAUAGUAUGGGGAGGAACCAAGUUCUCAAUUUGGGUCAAGAGCUGGAAAAGUUUGGAAAUCCUUAGAGACCAUUAUAGGCUCCAGCCCCCACCUGUGUCACCAUGUGAGUCAGCAGCUGGUCCACACACACACACUCACCCACAUGAGCGUCUUCCCCAUCUUUGCACAUUAGUCUCACUGGUUCUGGUAUCAUUUGCCUAUUUUUCUUCUUUUUUCCCCCUUUCUCCCCCCUCCCCCCCCCCCCCCCAACCCGAAGAUGUCACCUAUCAUAAGCCUGUGAGUGACUGUUAGGACUUAAAUGUUAACAGUUACUGACUGUCUCCUUAUUUAUUCCGGAUCCACAGAUUAGUCCCCGCCUAUAAAGCCAAAGAGUCUUGCCUGUAGAAAGAGCUUCUUGUUUGAAAUGUUCCUCUCCCAAUGGCCUUCUAAAAGAAGAGUUUUGUCAGAGGAAAUGCAGUGCAGUGUGUGUUCCAUAGAAGAGGAGUUGUGUUGAUAUUUAAGCACACAGAAAAUCAUUGUUUUCAUCUGUGGAGAGGAAUCAAGAAUGGAUACCAGUCUAUUUCUGCUCCUUCCUAUCAAAGAUGCUGCGGUCUUGGAGUACUUUCAGAUUGACAAAUUCUAAUUAACACAACAGAAGACAGUGCACAAGAUAGUUUACAUCUAUUGUUUUAAACUUAUAGUAUGCCUUAAAAACUACCCUGGUUAUAGCUACAAACACUACAGAUUGAAAAAAUUAAUUACUAAACAUCUUCAAAAAAAAAGAAAGUGAACUCCGAAUCCAUGCAAAUUGUCAUGAAAAGACAGUAUGUGGAUCAUAAUUUAUUUUGCUGUCUGCUGUUGUGUGAAUGCAAAAUGGCUGCCUCAUCCUAGCACUUCAGCUCACAGAUCCCUCUGGUCUAUUGUAACGACACAAUCAGGCUCUCUCCAGUGGCAUUAACCAUAAAGACAGCUUGAGUGAUAAAAAUGGACAGUUUGUCAAAGAGCCAAAAAAAGGAACUCUGAAGACACGUAGAUGCAUUUGUGUUAGGCAUAUUAAGAAAUAUGAGGAAAAAUCCUAUAUGACUAAAAAAAAUGUAAUUGGCAUCUUCAGAAAACUUAAUUUCGGACACCUAACGGUAAAGAGGUGUUGGCAUUAAAACUUUGGAAAAAUAUUACUUUAGAAUAUAAUUUUUUUCCCUUAAAAACAUAUAUGACCGUUUGAUGGAUGACUGCCAAUAAUUCAAAUAGUCAUAUCAGUAAAACUAAUUAAUUGGGAAAUUCAGUGAGCCAUGUCUUCACUGUUAUUGAUCAAAUUAUAUGAAAAUAAGUAAGUUUGUGUCACAAAAUAAUAGAAUAAUAGAAUAAAUGUUGGACUUUUUUCAUUUAGAAAAAAAGCCAACGGAUUAAAGUCCUAUUUUAUAUACUUAUAAAUAUCUAACUCAUAUCUUCUUUUUGUUGUGGCCCUAAAAGUCCUUUGUAAUAUGGCCAUUCAGUGAACAUGAAAUUUUAACUUCAUUUUGUUGGAGAGUGUAGUUUCUUGCAGUGCUUAUUUAAUUUUCAGAAAUCAUUUAGAUAUUCCAUCCAUCCAUUUUCUGAGCCGCUUCUCCUCACUAGGGUCGCGGGACAUUUAGAUAUUUUAUGUAUAUAUUUAUUUACAUGAUGUAGUUGUAUCUUGAAAAAAUACAACUAUUCUUGCUUGAGUGCGACUUGUAAGAGGCAAACAAGCUACAUGAAACACCUUGCAGUACAAUGAAGAGCAGGUUUGCACCACUGCAAAAGACUAUAUAUUUUUUUUAGUCUUUCCUCUCCCCCAAGUUUAUAUAUAUAUAUAUAUAUAUAUAUAUAUAUGCAGCUCUACAGUUGUGGCCUCAAAUCAAGUGAAACUUUCCUCUCAUUGAAUGAAAGUAGCCCAAAGAAGGCUCGCUCCUUCAGGGAGUUGAGCACACUAGAAUGAGUCUUGAUGGGACGGCCUGCCUGAAAGCAGCUCUAUCUGCGAGAGAGUGAGAGGGCUUGAAGUGAAGCCAACGGGGGAAGAGGAAGGGCCAUAAACAGCUGUCCACUUCUCCCCCAUGCAGAGACAGCAAGAGGAGCCUGAUGGAGCGAGAGGGUGGCUGACAGGAGGGUCUGUGUGUGAAUGUGGCACUGAGCGUCUUCACAGGCAGAGGAAGGUGCUCACAAGUGGAACGGGAGAAGGGAGGUGCUGAGUGUGCGCUCGCAUGCUUUGAGAGUGAGGAAAAGCCCGAGUGUGAGAAGACUGGGAAGAGUGUGAGAGGCGAAGGGGAGAAAGAGUGGUGGGUGGCAGGAGGGGUUGUAAGUCACCUGUCACAGGCACGGGAGUCAGCAGGAGGUCGGGUCAUGUUGGGGAAGUGGACGCCGACAUCGGACGUGAAGCUUUGAGAGGUUCUCAUCAGGUGGCACAACUUCAGCAUUAAAUAGAAUUGAUGACACGGACCACAAAGGGCUGCAAACAUGGGGUGCAUUCACAGCCUGGCUACCAGAAGGAUUAAGGACCACCAAGCUGACCCCGGAGGCAGCGCUCUAAGGACAGACCCUGAGGUACUCCCUGAGAUCCUGCAGCUCGCUGAGCGAUGCAAAGCGGUGGGCCAUGCCUUCACUGAGAAGCGCUUCAAGAGGGGACGCAUGUGUGACGUGUGCAAGCAGACCAUAGAAAGCUCUGCUGCCUUCUGCAAGGAGUGCAAGGUGGCAGUUCACAAGGUGUGUAAAGCCAAGGUGUCUACCACCUGUGCCUCAACACCAGACCAGCACAAUUCAAUUAAAUCUGCUUCACUGAAGAAAAGAGGCUCCAUGCCGAGAAGUGAGGAGCAAGUAAUGGAGCAGGUGAUGGAGCACCACUUUGACAUUGACCUCACCUAUAUCACGGAGAGGAUCAUCUCAGUCUUCUUCAUGCCAGAGCUUGAGGAACAGCGAUACCACAGGGAGUUACAAGAAAUGGCAACUAUGCUUAAAUCCAAGCACCAAGACAAAUUCCUGCUUUUAAAUUUAUCAGAGAAGAGACAUGACAUCACAAAACUCAUCCCAAAGGUGCAGGACUUCGGCUGGCCUGAUCUCCACGCUCCACCUUUGGACAGGAUCUGUACUGUAUGUAAGGCCAUGGAAAUGUGGCUCAGUGCUGAUCCUAAUAAUGUAGCAGUUCUCCACUGUAAGGGAAACAAAGGGAAAACGGGGGUCAUUGUGGCAGCCUACAUGCACUACAGCAAAAUAUCAGCAGGAGCGGACCAGGCACUCACCACACUGACCAUGAGGAAGUUCUGCGAGGAUAAAGUUUCUUCUUCCCUUCAGCCCUCUCAGAACAGGUACAUCUACUACUUUGGCGGUUUGCUGUCCGGUGCCAUUAAAAUGAAUAGCAGUCCUCUGUUCCUCCAUCAAAUACUUAUUCCGUCACUGCCAAAUUUUCAGACAGGAGGAGGUUACUUUCCAUUUCUGAAGAUCUACCAAUCACUAGAGCUGAUCUACACCUCCUGUGUAUACGACCCUCAGACCUCUAGGUCAAGGAAGCUGUGUGUGAUGAUGGAACCAGCGUUGUUGUUAAAGGGUGACAUUAUGGUCAAGUGCUAUCAUCGACGGAGUCAGGCAGCAGAGAGAGAGGUGGUGUUCAGGAUCCAAUUCCACACGUGCACCAUUCAUGGUGCCCAGCUGUGGUUUGGCAAGAAGGACCUUGAUGUAGCCUGCACAGAUGACAGGUUCCCUCAUGAUGCUGCAGUGGAGUUUAUCUUGGCUAGCAGGCCAGAAAAAAUAAAUGAAAACCAGAAGACAGAUGCCUCCAUCAACGUGAACUACAACACCUCAGAUCCAGUGGUCAGAUGGGAUUCUUAUGAGAACCUGAACCUUCCCCAUCAAGACAGCCCAGAAAAUAUUUCUCAUACAAGGGGCCCUCUUGAUGGCAGUCUGUACGCGCAAGUGAGAAAACGACGAGGACCGGGCCCGGCUUCCUCGCCCAACGGCUAUCUCACCAGCAGCCCAACAGUGAAGACACAGAUUGCCAACCAGUCGCAGACUCUCACCAUCACUUCUAGCUGUGUCCUCUCUGAUCACAUAGAGCACCACUCACCCUUCACUAGUCAUCCUGAAAGCGAGACGACUAAAAGUCUGAUGGAAAGAAGAGGAAGUGAAACAAGAGGGAAAGUACGAGGGAAAGAAAGGGACAGAGAAACAGAGAUUUUAGAAAAUGCAAACCUGUCAAAUCUGGGAGGAUUAAGGCGAGAACACUCAUGUUGUGGUCGAGCAGGUGUAAAAUGUGGAGCUGUGGAGCGGCAAUGGGAGCAAGAGCCUUGCCUCUCUAAUGGUCACUGUGCUGGAUGCUGCAACAGCAUUAAAAAACAUCCCAAAAGUCAAACCCUGCCGGCCUUACCAUCCAAAUCUGUGUCCCCUCUACCACAUUUAACUCAUAUGGAACUCUGCCAUCGCCAUAGUGUCCAUCCUUUGCCAGAGUUAGCAUGGGAACGGCAAGCCCCAUCUGUCCCUUGUCUCCACAGACCAUGCUUCCAUUAUUCCAGUCCUGAACAUGCACAUUCGCAUGGUCACACCCUUCCAGCCUCGAACAGACACUACAAUGAUGAAUGUCAAGUCUUCCAUUAUCCAGGCCAAGCCCCAACCUCUCAUCUUUCCCAACAAUCAUUGCUUUCAAGCCCAUACAGAGAGAUGUUCUUUGGCCCGCCAAAUCAGUCCCCCGGAUGUCCCUGUCGAGAGUGCUCCAGCAGGCGAGAGCACCAGGCAGCCUCAGUCAGAGUGCACCAUUCAAUGCAUCCAGAUCAAGCAGUGGGAUUACAACAAACUGGAGAGGCAUUGUGGGAAAGUAAAAAUCCAUGGGAAGUGCCAAGAGAGGCUGACUUCUGCCAGUGUAAAUCAGCCGUUCCACCGUUUCACAUCUGUCAUUCUGCCGCUUUAAAUCAGGGCACCCCGCAGCCAAGGUUUUUCCUCGGACCUCACCAGAGUUAUCCCAGCACCCAACCUCUUAUAAACAUGCGGGAUGGAGCCAGCAGUGGAUACCACACGCCUCCGCCUCCACACCAGUCUUAUCCCUGCCCCCCUUAUCAGUCAUCUCCUGUUGAGAGCCAUGGUAGUCGAGGUUAUGUUUCUGGUUACCUCUCUGGGUCAGCCUCUCCUCUACCAGCAAAAAGCCCAUCUCCUGGGAGAGUAAGACUCCCAGACACCCCUCCAGGAGCCAAAGAUCAGCAGCAGGAGCAUCUCGAAGUGGAAAAGGCCACACCAAGUCCAGAGGUUGACAUAUCCCAGGGUUCAGAGGGUAAACAUGAUUGUUCAAGCACCCAGACUCUGGACUCUGAUCAUGACUAUACAGUCAUUGGUGGCAGCAGCCCCCCACACACAGAAGACAGUGAAGCACAGUGUGAAGGCCACCUUAUUAAGCAAGUAUCACGGAGUUCAAGUCAAGAAGCCUCAAUUGCACCGGAAUUCAACACAAAUGGAAGCAAAACACUCAUAAUAGCAGAGACGGAAGAACAAUCCCAAAGUUCCAACGUAACACCAUCAAGCGAACUUUCUCAGAGUCGUACAUCUGAUGGACAGCUUGAGGAAACAAAGGUCAAAGAAAAUGAUGAGGAUGCUGAUCAGACUCAAAGUACCACUAUUAUCAUCACACCAGUGGAAGAUCAACUCAAUGUCUCAAGUGUGACUGGUGAUGGCCAGUUCAGCAGUAGCACAACACAAGGUGCCAGGCCUGGCCCUUCUAAUAACCCUUUCCAAUAUUCUCCAAUCGAGUCCCCAAGUCAUAGUUCCCCAUCAGCUACAGAUCCACCAGGACAUCGACUAACACCUGAGAGAGACAGCUCAACUGAUACCAAACCACCAUCACCUGUGCCUGACGGUUACCACACGCCAACUUUCCCCUUAGCGCCCUAUUAUUACUCUUUGCUAAGUGUCCCCCAUGUCCCUUACACUGGCUACACUGCAAUUACAAUCCCAGCCAUUCAGCCACCACUUCCAGAGAAGAAACGACUUUCUUCAACGCCGGGAUCCCUUAACGGACACCCUUCUCAUCAACGAUGCUCUCCAGUGUCUUCACCGACACAUAAUGUAACUUUGCCCCCAACUAUGGCAGAGCAGAGACUGGGGUCUGCCCAGUUCAGCAGCAGCAGGGAAGACGUCAAGGUCAAUGCUAAGUUUGUUCAAGAUAGUUCCAAGUACUGGUACAAACCAGGCAUCUCCAGAGACCAAGCCAUAGCGGUGUUGAAGGAGAAGGAACCAGGAACUUUCCUCAUCAGAGACAGUAAUUCGUUCCAAGGCGCCUACGGCCUGGCCCUUAAGGUGGCCACGCCUCCUCCUAACGCCAGCAUCACGGGUAGCAAAGCAGAUGUCCUGGAACAGCUUGUGAGACAUUUCCUCAUUGAGACAGGGCCACGGGGAGUCAAAAUCAAGGGCUGUCAGAAUGAGUCGUAUUUUGGUAGUUUAUCUGCCUUGGUGUACCAACAUUCAAUCACACCCAUCUCUUUGCCAUGUGCCCUUCGCAUCCCAGAACAAGAUCUGGUCGGAGAUCUUCAGGAGAUACGGACUGUAACGAAUACAAGCACAGCGGCUGACCUCCUUAAACAGGGAGCAGCUUGCAACGUUCUCUACCUGACCUCUGUGGAAACUGAAUCAUUAACGGGACCGGAAGCAGUUUCCAAAGCAACCAAAUGUACACUCGCUCUUAGUCCACGUCCUGCUGCAACGAUGGUUCAUUUCAAAGUUUCCUCUCAGGGUAUCACUCUAACUGACAGCAAAAGAAGGUUAUUUUUCCGGAGGCACUACCCCAUCAGCAGUGUGACCUUCAGCAGUCUUGACCCCCAAGACCAGAGAUGGACUAACUGUGAUAGCACGUCCAGCAAGAUGUUUGGUUUUGUGGCCAGGCGGACGGGCAGCGCCACAGAGAAUGUGUGUCACCUCUUCGCAGAGAUGGAUCCAGAUCAACCUGCUGUGGCAAUUGUCAACUUUAUUAAUAAGGUUAUGCUAGGGCCGCAGCUACGCAGAUGCAACAUCUAAAAACACCCUGAGGACAAGAGGAUGGUUUACAUGCAUUUCUGACAUACAGUACAUUUACUGUAGUACAGUGCAAAAUACUUAUACCACCACUAACUUUGUUGUUUUAAUGACCUUUUUCUCAGCAGUCUUUAUAACAUUGUAAGUAAGUAGUAGUACCAGAGGAUCUGUAAUUCUUCUGAUUGCGUGGAACUGACUGUUGAUUUAUUGUGGAUUUUAUGUUCCACUGUGUGUGAAUUAGUUUGCUGUCUAGAGAAGGUAUAUAUUUUUUUGUUACAAAUAAUUUCAUGAGCAGGAUUACGCACAAAAAAAUAAAACAAUUCACGAUUUCCAUGAAAGGUGCAUUUUAAACAUUUGAUGGAACAGUCCACUGCACAGAAUCUACUGGCACUGCUCGUAUUUUCACUAUCCACCAUGAACCAGGAAGUAGCCUCACAAAAGGAAGGACAAACAACAAACACUUUUGGAACAGUUUGGUCUUAGUACAGAUUUGUCCUCCAUUGAGAUACAUUCUAGUGCUAUAGUUGAUAGAGCACUGUUUAAACAACAGUUCUAAUGGUGGUAGAAGGCUUAUGCACAGCGCUAUACAUUGAAUGAAGUGUUUGUAGCUAACUGAGUUUGCAUUUAUGCAGGUGUGCUCAGCUGUGAUGGUUUUCUUUUCAAUUCAAUUGCCCGCUGUCCUCUAUUUAACAUACUUUUAAUAACCUCACACACCCAAGCGUGCAAUGUGUUAAACCCUAACCCUUUUUUUUAUAUUUCAUCUUAAAAAGCAAACAAUUACAGAGGAAUACUAUUUAUAUUAUUGUUUAUUGAUGUCCAAUGAUUUUGAGACAGCGGACAUUUCAGAGCAUAUUCCAAACAAUACAACUGGUAUAUUAAAAACACUUUAAUAUUUUGCUAAAAGAAAUUCUAAUUUAAUUACAUGUCUGUUUUUAAUAUCCACUACAUCACUAGUCAGUGUUACACGCAGAAUUUUAAGUGGGUAAUGUGGAAUGUAUGAGUAGAAAUGAUUUUUAAGAUUAAUAGAGGUAUUGUUGGAAAAUCAGACUGAAUGUGGGGUGGGGAUGAGUGUGUGUGUGUGUGUGUGGUGUAAUGAUUUGAUGAGGACAAUUUAUUUAACCCAGCAGUUAAAUACAUAGUACAUAAAACGCCUAUACCUGUAUCUAAUUGUAUUUAAGUUGAAAGGAUAUGGAAUGCACUGAGCCAACACACAAAAAGACAAAGUGAGUCACACAACCAUAAACAAAGAUAUCAAUAAACAAACAGAAUAUCAAUGGUAACCUCUUUGUGACUGGAAAUAACAAAAUCAUGCCUUAAAGCUGGAAUGUUUCACAAUCGGGGGAAAAUGUCACACUGGUAAGGUCAUUUUAAACAGAGACGUUACCUCACUUUCUCCAUGCCUCAGAAUGACCGCACAUUUGGUCUUGACCUGUUGGAUUUGUUUUUAUUCUCACACAGCAACCAAGAUCCUUGGUAACACACAAAAACUCACCCAAACCAAAGACAGUAUAAAAAUAAAUGUCAAGUUUUUUAUUCUUUUUCUCACUUUUUGUGUUUUUUACAAACAGUAUAACUUCAGCACACAUGCAAUUUUCAUAAUGUUUGUCUGUAAAAGAAGUAAUAUAUUUUAUGCCUCUGAAGAGUUGUGUGAAAUAAAGUGCUGCAAAAAACAAAAAAA